CAUGAACCUUCACCAUUUCUCUUGGUUUCAUUGCAAAUGGCUGCUAUGAAGUUUUUCCUUUUUUGUUUAGUAUCAAUCUUCAAUCAAAAGGCCUUUGUCUCUGCUUUCCAAAGUGACCAGGUUUUGUGGGCUUUUCCAAGAUCUGACAAAGAAGCUGACAUUCUUCGGAAUCUGACCACUGCUUUUGAGAUUGUCCUUUGGCAACCUGUUUCCCCUGAGAACAUUAUAAAGAAUAAGGAGGUACAUUUUUACGUCAAUGUUUCUGAUGUAAAUAACGUGAAAGCUGAGCUCAACCGAUCUGCCAUUUUAUUCAGAGUUUCCCUGGAAGAUGUUCACAGAAUUAUUGGCCUGCAAACUGCUGAAGACACAGUUACCCCCCGCAGCUCUAGCUCGUUUUAUGAACAAUAUCAUUCUCUGAAAGUGAUAUAUUCGUGGAUGGAUGAGAUAGCUGCAGGACGUCCUGAUAUCAUCCAAAAGAUACACAUUGGGAAUUCCUUUGAGAAACGGCCGCUUUAUGUUUUGAAGCUUUCACACAGAAACAGAACUUCCAAAAAUGCCAUCUGGAUUGAUUGUGGAAUCCAUGCAAGGGAAUGGAUUUCGCCAGCUUGUUGCCUCUGGUUUAUAGGACAUGCUAUUUGGUUGCUAAACAGGGAUACAACAAUGGCAAGACUUCUACAGCAUCUUGAUUUCUAUGUCAUGCCAAUAAUGAAUGUGGAUGGUUACGAGUAUACAUGGACUACUAAUCGAAUGUGGAGAAAAAGCCGCUCCCAGCAUGGCGACAACAGGUGCAUCGGGACAGAUAUGAAUCGCAAUUUUGAUGCAGGCUGGUGUGGAAAAGGUGCAUCUAGAGAUGGCUGUCAAGAGACUUACUGUGGGCCUUACCCUGAGUCUGAACCGGAAGUAAAAGCCGUGGUUAAUUUUCUCAGAAAGCACAAGGAUCAUAUUAAAGCGUAUAUAACAAUGCACUCUUACUCCCAGAUGGUUCUGUUUCCAUAUUCAUACACUAAAAAUAAAAGUAAAGAUCAUGAUGAGCUGCAAUCUGUGGCAAACCAAGUGGCUAUGGCUAUUAGAAAUGCGCAUCACAACCACUAUGUGACAGGGUCUGGGGCACAAACAAUCUAUUUAGCUCCAGGAGGCUCGGAUGACUGGGCUUACGACCAUGGCAUAAAGUAUUCUUUCACUUUUGAGCUUCGAGACAAAGGAAGAUACGGAUUUUUGCUUCCUCAGAAUCUAAUUAAGCUGACUUGCUACGAAGCGCUUACUGGAAUCAAAACUAUAGCUUUACAUGUGCUUCAACAUAUGUGAAGCAUUAUACAGUAUGGAAUUAUAUACAGACCACUUAAUUGGUUACUAUUUUAAUUUCAAUAAAACGUAUUUUCUGUU